AUGCCCCGGAAGGCGGGGGACGCGGAAGAGGCUGAGGCCGGCGCUGAGGGGGCCAGUGCAGAGAAACCCGGCGCCGAGCGGGAGAUGGAGGCCGGGCGGCUGCGGCCGGUGCUGCGUUCCGUGAACACGCGCGAGCCGUCCCAGGUCAUCUUCUGCAACCGCAGCCCGCGCGUGGUGCUGCCCGUGUGGCUCAACUUCGAUGGCGAGCCCCAGCCUUACCCGACGCUGCCCCCAGGCACGGGCCGCCGCAUCCACAGCUACCGAGGUCACCUUUGGCUCUUCCGAGAUGCUGGGACAUCUGAUGGGCUUCUAGUUAACCAAACUGAGCUGUUUGUGCCAUCUCUCAAUGUUGAUGGGCAGCCUAUUUUUGCCAACAUCACACUGCCAGUGUACACCCUGAAAGAGCGGUGCCUCCAAGUUGUGCGAAGCCUGGUCAAGCCUGAGGAUUACAGGAGACUGGACAUUGCGCGAUCCCUCUACGAAGAUCUGGAAGACCACCCCAAUGUGCGGAAGGACCUGGUGCGGCUGACGCAGGAGCAUAUUGAGAACCAGCGGAUGGCAGGGGAGAUUGAAGAUGUUUAGCUCCGAGUCACACUCCUGGGUCUCAGCUUUUGACGGUCCUGACAAGGCUUGAUCUAGAGCUGGGACUGGUCACCUUUUCUCAGCUUCAAGGUGUCUCAUUCUUGGAGUGAAAAUGCUCCAUUGCUUAAAACAAAGUUAACUGACCUCACUACAAGGCAUUGUGAUGUCUAAGGGCAAAUAUCACAAAAUGUAAUAAUUAUGCCUGCCUCUUGUAGAAAUAUUUAUCAAGGAAAAGUAGUUGCAUCUUUGCUUCCUAGUGAGUGAGGAAAGUUUCUGUGUAAGGACUUUUGUGGAAGUAAUUACAGCGAAAAUUGUCGCUUAUUCUUGAGUUGUAAGGAAGCAGUGGCGCCUGCUUUUCAUUGUUGUGUUGUGGUUGGUGAUGUGCCGGCCUCCUGCUCUGAGAGACAGAAUGUCCUUGGGGAAGGGGAAAAUCUGUCUGCUCUUUGAGACCCUAGUGCCUCGCACAUUAUGAGCCUUCCAUCUGUGUUAGUUGAAUGAACAAACCAGUGGGUCCUUUGGUAGAAAGGUUUUGUUUUAGAGGUUUUGACCCCUUUUUUUUUUUGAGGGGGAGUGAUAGUGGGGACCUUAAAGUAUAUAUAGUAAACAGAUAUUUAAAAGGGAAUCAUUUUUAUAGAAAGCAAUUUUUUUAUAAUUUUCUAAAUUUUGACUUUUCUUAGUCCAUUGUUGUCACAGGGCUGUUUUACUUCUGUUUCUAAGCCAGGAUUAGCUUUCUACAGUUCUUGUGGUGAUAGCUUUUUGAAACUUGCUAUCGGCACAGGAGAUAGGAGAAAGUAACCAUUACCUUGUUUAAUCAUAGUAUU